AUGUCAACUGAGGAUGAUCCUAUUGCUAGACUGACAAAGAAUUUAGAAAGCACAAAUUUGAAUAUCGUGCCUGAUCUUGUGAAAGGACACCAAAAGAGGUCAUCGGAAGGGAGAUCUAUCUCUAUCACAUCCUCGGUAAAGCCGCCUUCGCCACAAAAAGAUGACUAUUGGAAUAGAUGCUCUAGAUUUAAAUGCGUCCCAUAUACUUCCUUUGUACAUACGAGUAUACACGAUCUUUCUAGAAAACCACCGGGAGAUAUAUUUCAAGACAGUAAAGAGGUGGCUCUAUUUACCAACUACCAGGCUUAUACAACCGCACGCAAAGACCUAAUACCUAGUUUGAGAGAUGGCAUUACCGAAUUGUACGAAAGUUCGCUUCUCGAAGCAAGAAGGCGAAAAGUCCCGUAUUUGGGUCAUGAUUUGUUUGCUAACAUUGACCAGUUCGUUCCCAUGACAAUCUCAGAAUUAGAUAGUAUCUCACCCUGUAUUUCAUACGUUGAGAAUUGGAAACUAAGUAAUCACGGUAAAAACUUUAAAAUUGGCAAAAAAUUCACUAUUGUAUCCGCAAGACAUCAUAUCGUGGAUUUGACCAUGCAUCGUUUUGACAGACGAAAUAAACGCAAGUCCUUAAUUGUUACGUAUAUGGGAGCUGGUUUGAUUUCAUUUUCUAGAAAUCCCAAAAACGACUUUCAAAUGUCCAAAGAGGGCAUUUAUUCAAGUGAUCCGAAUAUGAAGAAAAUUUGCUAUUCAGGAUUUGAAUUCGAACAUUGGGUAACUGAAGACAUAAAAGCCACUGACUUGAAUGGACCGAAGCACCCCAUUUUUUCCGUUGUGGAGAGUAAACUUUCAGAAGAUAUUGGCCUAUUAAUGCGAUGCGAAAUAGAUGCCUUCAACCCUGUUUCGAGAACAAACACAGAGCUAAAAUGUUUUGGCCCAUUAUCAAUGCAUAAUUCCAAUCAUAGGAAGAAACUCUUGAAAACGUGGAUACAGACAGGUUUACUGCCAAAUUCAGAUAUCGUGAUAGGUUUGCGAGAUAGCCAUAGCGGACAGUUACUGGAUAUACAAUGGUAUUCAAGGGAUUCACUAUACAAAAAGUUUAAUCAUCCUGGUUUGCCUCCAAGUAAAAAGGAGCUUAAUUUUAAUGCCAAAGUGGCGGUAGAAUGGUGUAAUCACUGUAUUAAGUCAAUCUGUGAGUUGGUGGAGGCAAACAUCUCUCAUUACAACUCUACAAGACCAGAAUCAUUUGAAGUUAGUAUUGACGCUAAUGGCACUAUCGCUAUCACUAAACUCAAUACUGUUCCAAAAAAUGUGGAAUUAUUUGUAACUUAG